UCAGGCCUCUGCAGCAGCCCUAGUUUCUCCCAAACGUCAACCCUGCUGGAGACAGUGUCUUCCCGGCCGAGUCUGAGCCUCCUUCCCUGCCCUCCUCCCAACCCACAGAGAACCGGUCCCCAUCAGGCAUGGUCCUCAUGGUUUCCCAGUGCCAGAGCCAGCCAUGGAGAGAGAGAGACCCAGCAGGGACGGGGCAGGGAGGGGCGGCACCCUGGCUGCACCCACGGGAUUGGCCAACCUGUGCCCUCUCGGCCAGCACCUGACUUAGAAGGUUCCUCAACGAGACAGUGGCCUCAGCCUCCGCCCUGAGCUCUGCCCAUCUCAGCCAUGAGGCAGGCACCCAGUGGGCAGAGUGGGCCUCAGGGGCCAUCCUGAGGCAGCGGUGAGCUGGGAGGAGGCCAGCAGGCCCCGUGGGGGGCGCCAUGGACAAGUUCCGGAUGAUCUUCCGGUUCCUGCAGUCCAACCAGGAGCCCUUCAUGAACGGCAUCUGCAGCAUCAUGGCCCUGGCCAGCGCCCAGAUGUACUCCGCCUUCGACUUCAACUGCCCCUGCCUGCCGGGCUACAACGUGGCCUACAGCGCCGGCGUUCUGCUGGCGCCACCUCUGGUGCCCUUUCCGCUCGGUCUGGUCAUGAACAACAACGUGUCCAUGCUGGCUGAAGAGUGGAAGCGGCCACUGGGCCGCCGGGCCAAGGACCCCGCCGUGCUGCGCUGCGCGUUCUGCUCCAUGGCUCAGCGCGCCCUCAUCGCACCCGUCGUCUGGGUGGCCGUCACACUGCUGGAUGGCAAGUGCUUCCUCUGUGCCUUCUGCACUGCUGUGCCCGUGACCAUGCUGGGCAACGGCAGCCUGGCCCCCGGCCUGCCCCCGCCCGAGCUCGCCCGCCUGCUGGCCCGGGUGCCCUGCCCCGAGGUCUAUGACGGCGACUGGCUGCUGGCCCACGAGGUGGCCGUGCCCUACCUGCGCUGCAUCUCGCAGGCACUGGGCUGGUCCUUCGUGCUGCUGACCACACUGCUGGCAUUCGUCGUGCGCUCUGUGCGGCCCUGCUUCACUCAGGCCACCUUCCUCAAAAGCAAGUACUGGUCCCACUACAUCGACACUGAGCACAAGCUCUUCGAUGAGACAUGCACGGAGCACGCCAAGGCCUUUGCCAAGGUCUGUAUCCAGCAGUUCUUCAAGGCCAUGAUCCAUGACCUGGAGCUGGGUCACGGCCAUGGGGCGUUGGCUGCAGUCCCUGCUGGCUCGGCUGCCCCCACUGCCACAGACGGUGCCAAUGAGAAGAGGGAGAAGCUGCGCGGCAUCACCGAUCAAGGCACCAUGAACGGGCUGCUCACGCGCUGGUACGAGUGCAAGCCGCCCCUGAGGCUGAGCCCGGAGGAGCCACUGGUGGGCAAUGGCUGGGCUGGGGGCGGGUCCCAGCCUUCACGCAAGGAGGUAGCCACCUACUUCAGCAAAGUGUGAGCCGCAGCCAGGUG